AUGGCGAUUUCUUCUGCUGAAAUACUCCCUCAUGAACUCCUAAUGGAAAUUAUGUCAUGGCUUCCUGUGAUGAGUCUCAUGCAAUUCAGGUGCGUUUCAAAGACGUGGAAAUUCCUUAUAUCCAAUCCCUACUUGGUGAAAUUGCAUCUUGAAAGAUCCUCCAGAAACCCAAAAAUCCUCUUAAUGGCGAAACAGAGAGACAAUAAUAUAUGUUUCUGGGCUCGUUCACGCUCUUUACCUUGUUUUAUCAAAAGCCCUGCACAGUCUUUUUGUGGUGGUAUCUUGCCCUGCCCUAACCCUUAUAAAUAUUAUUUAUUCGGUUCUUGCAAUGGUUUGCUUUCUCUACAUGACUCCCUUUCCACAAAUGGGUGUGAACAGCACUGGGUCUGCUUUUGGAACCCUGCCACCAAUAUUUGCUCCGGGCCUUCACCAAGCUUGCUUCUAUAUUACGGCAAUGCUCGUGUUCAGCAUUAUAUGUAUUUUGGGUUUGGGUACGAUGAUGGGAGGGACAGUUACAAGGUAGUGGCAAUGGUUUUGGAUUGGACUACACUGCAAAAGAGUAUGUGGGUUUACUGCAUGGGUGACGUAUGUUGGAGAUGUCCUUUAAUGACCUCUCCGGGAUUUUACCCUUUUGACAGUAAUGGAUACUCUCUGAAUGGUACUGUUAACUGGAUAGGAAUUUCUUUGGAAAAAUCGAAAUUUGAGGUGCUACAAAUAUUUUCGUACGAUCUAAAGAACGAUACUUGCAGAUAUUUGUCGGUGCCUGAAACUAAAGAUUCUGAGUUUACUUCUAUGGGAGUUUUUAAUGGUUGUCUUUGUGUUUCUUUGGAUCAAGGGAUGAUCGGCUUUGUUGUUUUGGCAUUGAAGGAUGUUCGAGACGAAAGAUCUUGGAGUCGGUUGUUGAGUGUAAGUUAUGAAACUCUGAAAAUCUCUCCUCAUUACCAUAACCUACGGAUUUUGUGCAUGUGGGGUGAUCUUCUCUUGCUCACAUGUUCAGAGUUUGGGGGUGCUUACAAUAUCAUCAGUAUCUUUAAUUUGAAGGAGAAUAAAGUAAAACGUACUCAAGGUUACUACAAGCCGUUUCUCGGUGACAUCUUCUGUUGUCACUAUGCUCCAAGCUUGAUUUUGCCUAUUUGA